AUGUACAUGUCUGUUCGAAAACCACCGCUCUCCACUUCGUCGAAAAACACCACAAAGCCCGGAGUUCUGCGUAAAGGAGAUGUGAGUGGAACUGUAGGAGAUCAGAACUCGCGGAGUGCGACCCCAUCUGUGCCAAAGACCGUACCGCCCCGCAGUAAUACCCGCCGCAGUAGUGGAACUCCACUUUUAUUUAAUUCCCUGCGAGGAGGCGCCUCUGCUUAUCAAACCACAAACACACUCUUCACAGGAAGUUCCUUGCAGGGUAAAUUGGGAAUACCAAAGACAGAUAACCAUAACAACAACAACAACAACAACAACAAUGACAACAGCGAUAAUAGCAAUAAUAAUAUUAUUAGGAGCAAUAUAGUACAUGAUGAGGAAUCUGGGCAUGCUGGUCAUGUGCCAUCACCUAGAGCUGGAAAUGGACGUAAUAUUAUAGACCGCCGUUUACCACCUAAACCAACGGCGAAACGCAAUGCCAGUGAUAAUGUAGCUGCUGUUCUCGGUGGAUCCACACUUGGUGGAACUCACAAUAAUGAUCGUUACUAUAAUGGUGGUGCUGGUGUUGGUGUUGGUGGUACUCGAAAGGCUUUUUCCGGUCCUCCUUCUACACGUGUGCCGGCCAAUCAAGGCGGUGGUGCGGGGGAAUCAUCUCAACAGCAACAACAACAACAACAAAGACCACAUCCACCUGGUAGUGGAGGACCUAAAUUGGGGGGAAGUCGUCCCAUUCAUUUUGCCUUAAAUGCGAAUGGGAAUCAACGAUUAUCUCCAAUGCCACCACGUCCUACAGCUGUAUUUGGACAAACAAGAAAUGGUAUAGAAACAAACUUGGCUUCCCCACGUCACACUCGCGGACGACAACAACAAGAGGCGGUGGAUCCAUUUGCCACUACACAAGUGUUAAAUGGUUUGGGCGCACAUCUAGCCUCAGAAGCAGAUGUUGGUACUGGUGGCGGUGGUAAUGGAGGACGAUGGGGUAAAAAUGUCUCUCCACCAUUUGCAUUGGCAUCUGUUAAAUUACAACAGUUAGGCUCCACACAGUUACCAUCAUCACCAAAUCUUCCAACAACAACGACGACGACAACAACAUCAUCAGGGGCAAACCCACGGCGAAGUAGUCUUUCUAGUGGUGCUUUAAGUGGGGGUAAACGUAGUCCCACUAGUGUUACUGAAGAUAUGACUAGUAAGAAUAAUCUUCAGUAUGAUUUCCGUGUGGUAGCGAGUACAGGGAAAAGUUUUAACUCUCCUAUUAAAUUGACAACAGGUGUAGGAUGUGUUCAAGGACUUCGUCCUACAAUGGAAGAUGAACAUUUUAUUAGAUUAAAUGCCACAUCUGUAGCAGGACAACCUGUAUCUUUAUUGGGUAUUCUUGAUGGACAUUGUGGUCGUCGUGUAGCCGAUUUGGCAGCCAAGUAUGUACCUGAUAACUUUUUAUCCCAUUCUGCCCUUGGUGAAAAUAAUGCGUUAGCCUUUGUAGAAUCUAUUAUACAAGCUGAUCGAGCCAUUUUUCAUGCCUUAGGUAAAGGUGGAGUAAGUGGACCUGGUGUUAGUUGUACGAGUAGUGGUGGAUGUACACUCAUUACGGCUGCUGUGCAUGGGAGAAUGUUGUAUGUAGCUUGUUUAGGGGAUGCUCGUGCGGUCUUGUAUGAUGGCAACAUGACAAUCCCAAUGAGUGAAGAUCAUAAACCCACAAAUAAAAAGGAACAUACACGUAUUCUUCAAUGUGGUGGAUUUGUUCAAUUUGGUAGAGUUUGUGGAAUUCUCGCCGUGAGUCGGGCAUUAGGAGAUUAUGAAUUUAAAUUUAAUGGUAAUCGUUUUAUUGCAAAUCGAGAAUUAAUGGUUUCCAAUGUUGCUGAUGUGCGACAAAUCAAUUUAACGGAUUCUAGUAAAUUUCUCUUAAUGGCCUGUGAUGGUCUUUGGGAUGUGGUGGAGAAUGAAGAGGCCACUCAAUUUGUGCGGGAUUUCCUAAGCUACACCCCAGAUGUCGGCUCCUCACCAGAAACCACUAAAAGAGCCUUAAACAACUGUUGUCAAAAACUCGCCGAGUUCGCCAUUGACCGUGGAAGUACCGAUAAUGUUUCUGUGAUGCUUCUCUUCUUUCACGAUGUGGCGGAUGUCGUUGCGAGUUUUGAUAAACCCGCCGGUGGUGUUGUGCCGACGCCGCCACACCACGUCGUCUCGCCAAGACUGACGGGGCCGAGUAGAGGAUUUCUCCUCGGCAGCACCGGGGCGGCCGCCAAUGAUGGAAGUUUACACACCGGGAAUAAUAAUAAUAAUAAUAAUAACAGGUACAACUACAACAAGCAUACCCAAAGUAGUAAUAGUAAUAGUAGUAGUAGUAGUAAUAAUAACAAUAAUGGUGCUGGCGCGGCUGCGGCUGGUAGUUAUCAUCAUACUACUACUACUACUAAUACUACUACUAAUGCUAAUAGUAAUAAUAGUGGAGUUGGAGUUGGGAUAAAGCGGUCAUCUAUGCUUACAGGCUCUUCAUGGCAUGGCCGAGGUCCACCCUAUGUGGUGAGAGAAGUGAGUGACAGACUGUUUACUUUUGGUGUUGUGUGUUCCACUGAGAAUGAAUGA